AUGUGUGGUAUUUUAGGAAUUGUAUUACAUGAUCAAACUCUCAAUGUAGCCAAUGAAUUGUUUGAAGGAGCUAUGUUCUUACAACAUAGAGGUCAGGAUGCUGCUGGGAUCGUUACUUGUGGAAGCAAAGGUCGUUUCUAUCAAUGUAAAGGUAAUGGUAUGGCUCGUGAUGUUUUCACUCAACAACGGAUGGUUAAUUUAAAAGGUAAUAUGGGUAUAACUCAUUUAAGAUAUCCAACUGCUGGUUCAUCAGCUGGUAGUGAAGCUCAACCUUUUUAUGUCAAUUCUCCUUAUGGUAUCACUUUAAGUCAUAAUGGAAAUUUAGUUAAUUCCAUUGAAUUAAAAACUUAUUUAGAUAAUGAUGUUCAUAGACAUAUUAAUACUGAUUCAGAUUCAGAAUUAUUAAUUAAUGUGUUUGCAGCUGAAUUAGAUAAAUUCAAUAAAUCAAGAGUUAAUAAUCAAGAUUUAUUUAGUGCUUUAACUGGUACUAUGAAUCUUAUUAGAGGAGCUUAUGCUUGUAUUACUAUGUUAGCAGGAUAUGGUAUAAUUGGUUUCAGAGAUCCAAAUGGUAUUAGACCUUUAAUCUUUGGUGAAAGAAUCAAUAAAGAUGGUUCUAUUGAUUAUAUGUUAGCCAGUGAAUCUGUGGUUUUAAAAGCUCAUGGAUUUGAAAAUUUUAAAGAUAUUCAACCUGGUGAAGCAGUUAUAAUAAAGAAAGAUUCUUCCAAACCAGAAUUUAAACAAGUUGUUCCUCCAAAAAUCUUUGCUCCUGAUAUUUUUGAAUAUGUUUAUUUCGCUAGACCUGAUUCAGUUUUAGAUGGUAAAUCAGUGUAUAGAUCUCGUAUUGAAAUGGGUGAUAAAUUAGCUACUAAGAUUCAACAAGUUUUAGGUCCAAAUGAUGUUGAUGUCGUGAUUCCUGUUCCUGAUACUUCUCGUACAUCAGCUUUCCAAUGUGCCGUUUCAUUAAACAUUGCUUAUCGUGAAGGAUUUGUUAAAAAUAGAUAUAUUGGUAGAACUUUCAUUAUGCCAGAUCAACAACAAAGAAGAUCAUCAGUUCGUCGUAAAUUAAAUGCUAUGCAACAAGAAUUUGAAGGUAAAAAUGUUUUAUUAGUUGAUGAUUCUAUUGUUAGAGGUACAACCUCCAAAGAAAUUGUUGCUAUGGCUCGUGAAGCAGGAGCUAAAAAAGUUUAUUUUGCUUCAUGUGCUCCACCAAUUAGAUAUAAUCAUAUUUAUGGUAUUGAUUUAGCUGAUACCAAAGCAUUAGUUGGGUUUGAAAGAGAUGAAGAAGCUAUUUCAAAAGUAAUUGGAGCUGAUAAAGUUAUUUAUCAAGAUUUACAAGAUUUAGUUGAUUGUUGUCGUACUGAAGAAAUUGAUCAAUUUGAAGUUGGUGUUUUCACAGGAGAAUAUAUUACUGGUGUUGAAGAUAAUUAUAUUCAAGAAUUAGAAAAAAUAAGAGCUCAAAAUCAAAGAAUUAAAGAUCAAAGAAGUCGUGGGUUAAGUAUUGAUGCAUGUAUUGAUGCUAGUGAUAUGAUUGACGUUAAAGCUGAAGUGGAUAUUAGUAUAUAUAAUAGAGGUGAUUAUGCUGAUAAGUAA